AUGGACGAGCAUGUAUUACCUACCACAGCAACAGCAGCUACAUCUACAUCGGCUAUCUCAUCACGAGAAGUAGAGCCUCGAGAAGGGUCACAGUUUGCCAUCAUGGGAUCGGGAGCAUCUUCUUCCUCCAAUGCACAAGCCAACAACAACCACAUGGAUGAUGGAGAAUAUGAAAAUCCAACAGCCUAUCAAGGCGCUAUGGCAUUGGUCAAAUCGUCUUGGAUCAAUGUCCUCGUUGUUUUUAUUCCUCUCGGCAUCGCUAGUCAUUUCGUAUGGAACUCGACCGUGGUAUUUAUACUCAACUUUAUUGCCAUCAUUCCUCUUGCCAAAUUGCUUGGAUUCGCUACAGAAGACAUUGCUUUACGUACUGGAGAGGUUAUUGGUGGAUUACUGAAUGCAUCCUUUGGCAAUGCCGUUGAGCUCAUCGUUUCGAUCAUUGCACUAACACAAAACCUGGUGGUGGUGGUGCAAGCAUCCAUGUUGGGAUCCAUCUUGUCAAACUUGCUGCUGGUGCUUGGCAUGUGUUUCUGGUUUGGCGGCAUCCGUUAUCAGGAGCAAGUUUUUAACCAGAUUGUCGCACAAACAUCUUCAUCUCUCCUGUUCAUCGCUACGAUCUCAUUGCUUCUCCCCGCAGCAUUCUACGCUUCCGUUGGAAAAACAGAAUCAGAGGAACAGCUCACACAAGACAUUCUUCAUAUUUCUCGAGCAACCUCGGUCAUUCUCUUGGUCAUUUACUUUGCAUAUUUAUUCUUUCAGCUAAAAACACACAAGGAUCUGUUUCUUCAAACGCCAUCCGAAGCCCGAAGAGUGUCAUAUCAAACACAACGUACAUCCACAUUAACCAAUGUUGAGCGUACAAUGUAUACUGGGAAGAACACAAAGAACCAACCUGAGGAUGAUGAUGAGGAGGAAGUACCCCAAAUGCCUUUUUGGAUGUCUUGUUUAGCGUUGGUUGUCAUUACAGCUCUUGUAGCCGUUUGUGCCGAGUUCCUUGUAUCAGCCAUUGAAGAUGUUGUUGCACAAUGGCACAUUAGUGAAACCUUUGUUGGGCUCAUUCUUCUCCCCAUUGUCGGAAAUGCUGCUGAACAUGUUACUGCCGUUACCGUUGCUAUGAAGAACAAGAUGGAUCUUGCACUCGGUGUGGCAGUCGGAAGUAGCAUGCAAAUUGCAUUGCUUGUGACACCGCUUAUGGUGAUCAUUGGUUGGGGCAUGGAUGUGGAAAUGAGUCUUUUGUUUAAUGUAUUCGAGACCGCAGUGAUGUUAAUAGCCGUUGUGAUGGUCAACUACCUGAUGAUGGAUGGCAAAAGCAAUUGGCUUGAAGGUUUCAUGCUGUUCGCCCUUUACAUUGUCCUUGCAAUCUGCUUUUACUAUUACCCAGAUGCUGCAGCGUCGGAACUUGGGGAUGUGAAUCAGUAA